AGCUGUGAUUUCUCCUUCCGGGUUGAGACGCGUAUGUUUUGAUUGGGUGUAUCAGCCCAACAUGUUCGAAAGUGUGCCGCUUUGAGCGCGUCUUUGCACCGCGGGCGUCGUUUGCGGCGGCGACGGCUGUCACAAUCAUGGAUUUUCACACCUGGAGCCGCUAAAAAACGAGAGCGACUCGAUUCCAGCCCAACUGGAGACACCUGUUGCUCCGCGGGGAGGCCAAACUGCGGACUUUUUCUCACUUUCUUAGCGGAAUAUCAUCAACUUUUUGAGAAAUCAUGAAGGUCACGGUGACGUUCGGGGACACAGCGGUGGUGGUUCCGUGUAAACCCGAAUGGACCGUGCGGGAUUUAAUCGAUCAAUCUACGCGAAGAUACCGGAAGAUUUUGGACCAGAACGGAAGGAGUGCAGUUAAAACCCUUCAACUGGAGUACGCUGACGGAGGCAUUCUGGACAUGGAUGAUCUGCUGACUGACCUCGUGGAAGAUAGGGACAAGCUCGUGGCCCUAUUCGAGGUACAGCGUGGGCUGACGGACAGCCCCUGGGACAGCAUUUCCAAUGGCGAUUCCAGUAGCACGCCCAGUCCAGAGCCAAUGAGCUACUACUCGCACUUGCAGCUUCAGGAGCCAACCAAAGGGGAGAUAGAGGUCAACGAGGACGUCCUCAAAGCCAACACGCCCCUUUUGGUGAGAAGCAGCAGCGACUCAGUUUUGGCUCCUCCUAUCGAGACGACCGCCGCGUCAACAUAUGAUGACCGAACCAACGAAGCCUCCAAAAUGGAAAUCAACCAUGCGCUGAAGGGAGGCCUGAAAAAAACUAACAAGAUGGACAAUGUUACCUUCAGCACCCUGACAAGAACAGUCAACUUGCUGGGAGAUCGCGGACCCCUUGGUAUCCAAGUCGUCCCCUAUUGCUCCUCUCUCAGUGGGCGGAUGUUGGGCCUCCUCAUAACCAACAUUGAGGAAAACAGUCGCACCAAGAAAGAGAAUAUCUUUGAAGAGGAUGAGUGUAUUGUCCAAAUCAAUGGCAUACAGCUCCAAGAUAAGCCGUUCGCUGAUUCACAGGAAGUGUUCCGGCAGGCCUUGUCAUCCCCUUCCAUGCACCUGGAAGUGGUCCCUCUUGCCAACAAAGCCCGGUACGAAAAGAGCCUGAUCGGUCAGCUCUUCAGUGGAGAUGGCAGAGAGUUUAAACCCAAGAGUCCCUUGGUGACCCGUGCCAAAAUUGAGCUCCAACCAGUGUCCAAGCGAGACCCCGAACCCACCGCAGCCCCUACUCGUCAAAACACUGCGGUCAAAAACCCUGAGCCGCUUCCGACGAACCCUGUGGUGAACCCUGUGGUGAACCCUGCGGUGAACCCUGCGGUGAACCCUGCGGUGAACCUGCUGUCGAACCCAGUUAACGCGCAGUUGGCGGAUUCCCAGACGGAACGGAUAUCUCCCGCGCCGGUCCGGACGCCGAGCUCGUCCCCGCCCAGGAUCCGCAGGCAGAACCCUAAGGCCGAUAACAGUUCCUCUGUGGUGGGCCAAGCCAACCUUCCUAACAAGAAAGGAGGCAAGAGGAUCAAAAUUGACCUGAAGAAAGGUGCCGAAGGUCUAGGUUUCACUGUGGUGACCCGGGACACGUCUAAUAAUGGGCCAGGACCCAUCCUGGUCAAGAAUAUUCUGCAGCGUGGUGCAGCAAUCAAAGAUGGCCGAUUGCAGCCAGGUGACCGCAUCCUGGAGGUGAACGGAAUGGACAUGAAUGGUCGUAGGCAAGAGGAACUGGUCGCCAUGCUGCGCAGUACCAAGCAGGGAGAAAGCGUUUGCAUGAUCGUGUCCCGACAGGACGACAUCUUCCUGCCACGGGAACUGAAAGGCGAAGAAGCGGGUGGUUUGGUGUUGGAGGACGGCAGGGAGCAGCUCAUGUACGAGGUGCCGCUCAACGAGACUGGUUCCGCCGGCCUGGGAGUCAGCUUGAAGGGCAACCAGUCCAGGGAGACCGGUGAGGACUUGGGGAUCUUUAUCAAGUCCAUCAUUCAUGGAGGAGCGGCCUAUAAGGAUGGCCGUCUGAGAGUAAAUGACCAGCUGAUUGCGAUCAACGGCGAAGCGCUGCUGGGACGGUCCAACCAUGCCGCCAUGGAGACGCUGAGACGCUCGAUGUCGUCGGAGGGCAACGUUCGGGGAACCAUUCAACUUGUUGUACUGCGAUCUUUGAGAGUGGAGGGGCAGUCCGACGCAAUAAACGCUGCCAUUGAACGAGCCACGCAUCACCAAGCCUCUACCGAUCAGGAGUUUCAGCGCCACCGGACCAACCGGGGGGCUUCCGGACCUUCAGAGUUCAACGGUCUCAAUGACAAAUAUCAAUACGGCAGCGCCGGCAGUGUUGCAAGCACCAACGGCAACAGCGGUCACUACGGCGACACCUACGAGGACACCAAGGACGGCUUCGCCUCGCUGCCUUCCCUGACGAAAGUGGACGAAAUGAGUCGAGAUCUAGCUCCCGCUCAGUCUCACUACAGUGCACUUCCCAAGGAUGUUAAAAUGGUAAACCACAGGGACUAUCUUCGAAAUAGAGAAUCCAAAAGCAUGGACCUGGUGGCGGAUGAGAGCAACAUGAGAUCGCUGGCUGGACAUCAAAGGGGACCCACUUCCGGUGGAACGCUGGGCCCAACCUUGGGCCUGUGGAAGUCCAGCUCCUUGGAAAGUCUCCAGUCAGCAAUGUCGGAGGUCCAGCAGAAUGACAUCAAGUCCCAGGUGCCAUUUCACCGCCCACGGCCGCACAUGGUCCGAGGACGCGGAUGCAACCAAAGUUUCCGCAUUGCUAUCGACAAAUCGUAUGAAGGACCUUCGGAAGAUGAUGAUGAGCCUUCCGAGCUGAGCUCCGGUCGCGAAACGCCGGCCAGCGGCUCCUCCCGUCAGGACCUGGACGUCGAGGACGGCACGAACCAAAAGAAAGCCAACGGAAAGAAGCAGCAAAAAAAGAGCAAAGGAAAGAAGAGAAGUGAGAACGCCGCGGAGGAGAUGGAGAAGAAAAGCAGAAAAAAAGGCUUCGGGCUUUUGAGAUUCGGGAAGAAGAGAGACGACAAGAGCAAAGACGCUAUGAAAGUGCCCAAGCACCACCUGGAAGCCUGUUUUGAGGAGGAGGUGGACAGAUUUCCCGACGACACCGAGCGGCACGAUCCGCGAUACGCCCAGAUCGACGCCGGCCAGCGAUACGUCGAGAUCGACUCGGGCCCGCGUUCCCUGCCCAAUAUGGAGGAUGACGACAACGACCCCAACUAUGCCCAGAUCAACCAUUUCCAGCAGCCCACCUCGCUGCCGCGGAUGGGUCGCAACGCUUCCCCUGUUAGGGGCGCGACCGCCGAGAACAAAGUGUCUCGUGCCUCGAUCGAUGAUUUGGACGGGUUGUACGCCAAGGUCAACAAGUCCAGGCAGCAACCAUCAGAAAGUGAUCAACGGCUCCAGGGAACGCGUCGGGAGUACCCUCAUGCCCGAGCGGCUCCAGGUUAUGAGGAACUGGAUGCGGCGCGACGUCGAGUCUUGGAGAACGACCCGCAGCGGGUGACACCCAGGGGUACUGAAUCUCGACCUUUACACCUGUAUGAGGAAUUGGACCGACCGCAGCCAGCGCACACUCGAAGCGACCCGUACGAUUACCCGAGCCACUCUCUGCCAUCGCACCGAGAUCCCGUCCCCUACCAGGACCGCUACCGCGACAGAAGUCAGCCCUACGACCAACGUCACUACCCCUCGUCCCCGCACGCAGGACAGCGGUCCCGCCAGGACGUUCCCCACAGAGGGCGCCAUCAUCGCUACGAGACUGUAGUAAUCCCAGGCGACGACUACCGGCAAGCUAGCCCGGCGCGCUACGGCUACAGAGACGAGACGCAGCCCGACCCCAGGCGGAAGAACCCCAUGAUUGGUGCUGUUUAAACACACUUAAAGGACAAAAUACGAAUUUUAUAGUCAUUUUCGAAACCAAAGAUAGCCACAAAGUACACUGUGCUGUGUAUAUGCUAGCAUGUUGCUGUAUUUAAUUCAAAUUUUUUCAAAUUGUAUCUUCUCGGGUAUUUUAACAACACAAAUGUUGGUUGGUUUUAGGUCUGACAGCCGUUUUGAUUUUCAGGUGCCAAAUCUUUUAAAAAUGGAUUGAGGAAUAUGCCAGUAAUUACUUGAUUUUAUUGUUAAUGCAUUGACUUAAAUGGGAAGGGUGCCCCUACCAACAUGGCCGCCCUGAGGCCAUUUUGGUAAGGGCGAUGAAAGGUGUAGUCAUGCUUCUGCCAUCAGUUGAAAUGAGUAUCACUAGUAAAGGUCCAAUCUAAUUGAACUCGGAGGGUUCGCAGCCAGACCUCCCAAUUCAAAUAGAUUGGCUAUCCAUAUCCUUCAGUGGCAGCCAACGAGUUAACUUGAAAUAUAAUGAAAAAUACUGUAUUUAAAGUGCUAAAACAGCUGUCAGGUGUAAAAUAACUUUUUUUUUUUGUUUUAAAUUGUUGCCCAGUGUGACAUGGACGUUUUUUUCCUUUGCAGGGCUCACUUUUUGUCAAAUUUAACAGAAACAAAAAUUUUGUAAAGAAAUAGUUUGUGGUGUUUCUAAUAAAGUGUAUAAAUUUUGAUCAAUUCCAAAUUACCAACGAAU